AUGCCCAUCUUCAGCUCCAUUGACGCCUUGGCUUACAACCCUUGCCUCAACAUCAAUUGCUACAUCAUGAACGGCCCAGAGGAGAUGAGAGCACACCUAGACAGCUCUGCCAACAUAAUUCACGCUCUGAUGAGUGCCAGCAGUUGCAACAAGGUCAGGUUCUUCAAGCGCAGCGUGUACAAGCACCUCAAGUGGGGAUUCCUCUAUUGGCUUGACCCAGGGGAUAAGAAGGACCAGAUACACUGUGCUUUCAGGGAUCUGGCACAAUGGCAUUGUCAUGGGUUUGCUACCCCACCCCCUACAGUCUCCACACCUCCAUCUGCAAGAGAGCUGACCCAGGCAAUGCAGAACCUCAUUCUGCUUUACCCAGCAGACCCACCAGCCUACACAAGCAGGCCAGCAACGCCAGUGACCCCUUCAGCACGCCCAGACACUCCCAGGCCAUCAGAGGCGCAUGUACCAGCACCCUUGCCCUUCCCCCUGUUCUCCAGCAUGCCAGACACCUGCUGGGCCCCAGGAUACUUGUCCCCAGUGAGAGAAACACAAUGGGAGCCUCAGAGCUACCUAGGAUGGAGCAAUGAGGAGAUAAGAAGGAAUGUGGAAACAUUUGAUGGCAAUGAGAAUGAGGAGCUGUUUAGUUUGAGGAGUUACUAG